GGUUUAGGCCACAUUAACAAGACACAGAAUUGAUGGAAAUAUGGUUAAGUAUAGCAUGAAAGGAUUGCUUAAGACAUCCCACAUCAUGCUGCAGUUGUGCCGAGAUUAUGUCUGUGCUGUUCUUCCAUGCCAUGAAGUACAAGCCACAUGAUCCCAAGAACCCUAACAAUGAUCGGUUUGUACUGUCAAAGGGCCAUGCAGCUCCAAUUUUGUAUGCGGCCUGGGCUGAGGCUGGUUACCUGAAUGUAGAUCAGUUAUUAACACUGAGGAAAAUGGGUUCCAUUCUUGAAGGGCACCCUGUUCCGAAACUAGCUUUUGUCGAUGUUGCUACUGGAUCCUUGGGGCAGGGUCUAGGAGCUGCUGCUGGCAUGGCUUAUACUGGGAAAUAUUUUGAUAAAGCCAGUUAUCGUGUGUUCUGCCUAUUGGGAGAUGGAGAAUCAUCUGAAGGCUCAGUCUGGGAGGCAAUGGCAUUUGCUUCUCACUACAGACUUGACAAUUUAUUGGCUAUUAUUGAUGUGAACCGCCUGGGUCAAAGCGACCCUGCUCCACUGCAGCACAAAGUUGAAGUCUACCGCAAACGUUGCGAAGCUUUUGGCUGGACUACUGAAGUGGUAGAUGGGCACAGUGUUGAUGAACUCUGCAAAGCCUUUUGGCAGGCCACCAUGGUCGAAAACAAGCCAUGUGUUAUUAUUGCUAAGACCACUAAAGGAAAAGGCAUUGAAGGUGUUGAGGAUAAAGAGAAUUGGCAUGGCAAGGCCAUUCCAAAAGAUAAACUGCAAGAAACUAUUCAAGCAAUCAAAUGUAGGAUCCUGGAGGGCAAGAAACUUACCCCAGGGCAGCCAGUGGAAAAUGCACCAAAUGUGAAUAUUGAAGACAUCCAACUUGGUGCACCACCCAAAUAUAAGCAUGCCGAAAAGGUAGCCACGCGAAAAGCCUUUGGAACUGCCCUGGCAAAAAUAGGUCGUAGCAAUGACCGUGUUAUUGCUUUAGAUGGUGAUACAAAGAACUCAACAUUUUCAGAAAUGUUUAAAAAGGAUUAUCCCAAGCGUUAUAUUGAGUGUUUCAUAGCAGAACAGAACAUGGUAAGUGUUGGUAUUGGCUGUUGUGCACGGAACAGGACUGUUCCAUUUGUCAGCACUUUUUCUACUUUUUUCUCCCGAGCAUUUGAUCAAAUUCGCAUGGCAGCAAUUUCUGAAAGCAAUAUCAAUCUUGUUGGAUCCCACUGUGGUGUCUCAAUUGGUGAGGAUGGACCUUCCCAGAUGGGUUUGGAAGAUAUUGCUAUGUUCCGUGCCAUUCCCACAGCAACAAUUUUUUAUCCAAGUGAUGCCGUGUCAACUGAGCGGGCAGUAGAGUUGGCUGCUAAUACCAAGGGUAUUUGCUUUAUACGAACCAGCCGACCAGAAACUACAAUAAUUUAUAAAAAUACUGAAGUCUUUGAAGUGGGAAAAGCUAAG